AUGGCCAUCGUUGUGAGAAAAACAUCAACAAAACUUCAAACUUCUGGUACUGCUAUUGAUACUCUAGAUGAGAAUGGUAUGGAUCAGCUCUUGGACUUUUUAGAUUCGUGUAUCUACCGAUUUUUGUAUGAGAAAUCCCACAAUCAACUCCAAUACUUGAGUCUUGAGCAGGUCAGCGAAGCGGGGAAAACAGAUUGGGUGUUUCUCUCUUGGAAGCAACAAAAGUCGUCGUCUGAUAAUUUGACCCAAGAGGGCUGUCAAUAA